GGAAGUAGAAAGGCGCUCACGUGACAAGGAUCUGGUAAUCGAGCGCCGAGAGGGCUAGUACGCGCUGGUGUGGCUGGGGCCGCGCCGCGGUUCCGGACCCCGGCGAAGGAGCCGGGCCUCUGCCAUGGGUGUGGGCGCCAGCGCCGAGCAGCCCGCGGGCGGCGCCGAGGGCUUCCACCUGCACGGGGUGCAGGAGAACUCCCCGGCCCAGCAGGCGGGCCUGGAGCCCUACUUUGACUUCAUCAUCACCAUCGGGCACUCGCGGCUGAACAAGGAGAAUGACACGCUGAAGGCUCUGCUGAAGGCCAAUGUGGAGAAGCCCGUGAAGUUGGAGGUGUUCAACAUGAAGACCAUGAAGGUGCGCGAGGUGGAGGUGGUGCCCAGCAACAUGUGGGGCGGCCAGGGCCUGCUGGGCGCCAGCGUGCGCUUCUGCAGCUUCCGCCGGGCCAGCGAGCAUGUGUGGCACGUGCUGGACGUGGAACCCUCUUCGCCUGCCUCCCUUGCUGGCCUGCGCCCCUACACAGACUAUGUGGUUGGCUCAGACCAGGUCCUCCAGGAGUCUGAAGACUUCUUCACGCUCAUCGAGUCCCACGAGGGGAAGCCCUUGAAGCUGAUGGUUUAUAACUCCGAGUCCGACUCCUGCCGGGAGGUGACUGUAACUCCCAACGCAGCCUGGGGUGGAGAGGGCAGUCUGGGCUGUGGUAUCGGCUACGGGUAUCUGCACCGGAUCCCAACCCAGUCCCCCAGCCACCACAAGAAGCCACCUGGUUCCCUGCCGUCUGGUACCCCGCCACCUGGUACUCCACCCCCUGGUGUCCCCCUACAUGGGUCCCUGCCACCUGGUGCCUCACCACCUGGAUCCACCCCCCAGGACUCGCCUGCCCCUCCUGGCCCACAGAUGGGUUCCAGGCAGGAUGACUACAUGGAGGCCCUGCUGCAGGCACCCGGCUCCUCCAUGGAGGGACAGCUUCUUGAGCCUGGGAGUCCUGGCCAUGGCGUGCCACGUUCCAUGGAGCCUCCGCCUCCAGUGCAGCGUGUCAUGGACCCAGGCUUCCUGGACGUGUCGGGCAUCUCCCUCUUGGACAGCAGCAAUGCCAGUGUCUGGCCCAGCCCGCACUCUUCCACAGAGCUGACCGCCUCAGCUCUCUCAGCCUCAGGGCUGGAAGACGUCUGCUCUAGCAGCGGUUCUCAGGAGCGUGGCGGUGAGGCCACAUGGUCCGGGUCAGAGUUUGAAGUCUCCUUCCCGGACAGCCCCGGCGCCCAGGCCCCGCCGGACCACCUGCCCCAGCUGACCCUUCCUGACAGCCUCACCUCUGCAGCCUCACCGGAAGAUGGGCUGUCUGCUGAGCUGCUCGAAGCUCAGGCUGAGGAGCCGGCAAGCACACAGAGUCCAGAUUUGGGGCCACAGGCUGAGGCUGAGGGGGCACCCAGCGAGGCCAAACUCUCUACCCCCGAAUAAUGCCCUGGGCUGUGACAAGGCUCCUGAUGGCAUUUUGUGAGGCGCAGAUGUGGGGAGGCAACUCAGGCCAUGCUAUGGGCCGUCCCUUGCCUGAUCCCAGCCCGGUGUGUUCAGUUUCUUAAUAACUGUGGCUCCGUGUGAUACGCAGGGACUUCUGCUAGCGGGGACUUUUGUAUCCACUCAGACCGUACUGGUCUCCAAGAGAUGACUUCCCAGCAUUAAUUCUGCACGAUGGUCCUGGCUUUGGGGAAUUGGGCACUUGUUUGAGAAGGUCAAACAUCCUUUUGGGGAAGCAGCACCGCAGAUGAAAUGUUUUGGGGGAGCUAGGGUAGGAAAGGUGGCGUUGCUGCUUGUGUGGGCACGGAGCCGCACUGGGUAGGCACAGGGAAGGGCAUCUUUUGGCCAUGUGCCCUUACAUCCAGUGCUUGCUCCU